AUGCAUUCAAAUGUCAUGGCAGCUUUCAACCUCACCACCUCUGAACCAUUAACAUUCAUCCUAAUUGGAAUCCCUGGCCUGGAAGCUGCUCACAUCUGGAUUUCCAUCCCCAUAUUCAUGAUGUAUAUUAUUGGCUUGUUGGGAAACUUUGCUCUUCUCUUUGUUGUAGGCAAAGAGCAGACCCUACACAAGCCAAUGUACCUGCUGCUCUGCAUGCUGACACUCACAGAAAUCGGAACAACUACCUCCGUCGUUCCAAAGACAUUGUGCAUAUUGUGGUUUAAUUGGAAAGGCAUCACAAUGGGUGGCUGCCUCGCCCAGAUGUUUUUCUUUCAUGCGGGUUGUAUGAUGCACACAGCCGUCCUUGUAGCAAUGUCCUUCGAUCGUUACGUUGCCAUAUGUAACCCUCUGAGAUACGCCACCAUCCUCAGCAAUGCACGGAUAGCUAAGCUAGGCCUACUGGUUGUGAUGAGAGCUGUUCUCUUUAAUGUGCCUCUUCCCUUGCUCCUGUGGAGGCUGCCAUUCUGUGCCAACCGCAUUAUCCGCAACACGUACUGUGACCACAUGUCUGUAGCAAAGUUGUCAUGUGGGGACAUCACAGUCAACAGCCUGUAUGGCUUGCUGAUGACAUUCAUAGUCAGUGGGUCUGAUCUAAUAUUCAUUGCUCUCUCUUACAGUUUGAUUAUCAGGGCCGUUCUCAUGUCUUCCAGAAAAGCCCACCAGAAAGCCCUCAAAACCUGCACAGCCCAUGUCUCUGUGAUGCUGACGUCUUAUCCUCCGGCCUAUAUCUCCAGUAUAACACAUCGGUUCAGUAUCGCUCCUCAUGUUCACAUAAUUUUGGCCAACCUCUAUUUCCUCUUCCCUCCCUUGCUUAACCCCAUCGUUUAUGGGGUCAAAAACAAAGAGUUUCGUGACAAAGUUGGGAAAUAUACCGGUAGAAGGUGA